GUGAGAGUAUCGAACUAAACUCUGAACUCCAACUCCAAGCAACGAACCAUCUGGCACCAAAUAUAAAUAGAGACCCAAAAUCAAAAUGGCUGCCACUGUCUGCUGUAGGGCGUCAGAGCUUGUUUCAUCCUCCACAAUACGACGCCGUCUGCCACUCGUCGGUGCGUUUUGCGUCCUCAGUUUGGGCUUUUCCAAUAUCUGCCCAACUCUCUCUUCUUCCUGUUGCCUCAAAACGGGUUGUGCUCAGUCUCUCCCCUUUGUUCCUCUACUAAGAUCGAAAUUUAGUACCCAAUCACCGGACAAGACCGUCCACGCUGUAAAAAUGGAAGGGAAUAGCGACACUGUUCCAAGCAUCGUCGUUUAUGUCACUGUUCCUAACAGAGAAGCAGGUAGGAAGUUGGCUGAAAGUAUCAUCAAAGAGAAACUUGCAGCAUGUGUAAAUAUAGUACCAGGUCUGGAAUCAGUGUAUCUAUGGGAGGGAAAGAUCAACACAGAUCCUGAGGAACUGCUCAUAAUCAAGACAAGGCAAUCCCUCCUGGGAGCUCUGACAGAUCAUGUCAAGGCAAAUCAUGAAUACGAUGUACCAGAAGUAAUUGCCUUGCCCAUCACUGGUGGCAGCCCCCAGUAUCUGGAAUGGCUCAAAAACAGUACAAGGGACUGAAUUUCUCGGAUGUAGUAUGAUGUGCUAAGUGUGUGAAACCAUUUAAGUGUUAACUUUAAGGGUGCCCGAUCUCAUAUAUGGUUUUUGUGAAUAGACGGCUUCUUCUGGCUUGAAUAAAGGUGGUGUGUCACAUUUGUAAUAGGAAGAAUCAAAUCUAGUUAUGAUGGGAAGAAAUGUUUGAGUUGGUCGCUUUGAAUGUAAGACAAGGAAUUUGCCUUGAUAAAAAAUACAACCUGUUAUCUAUCA